ACAAGCGACCAAGAGCCACAAAUCAAGUAAAAAUAAAUAAAUAAAAAAAUCAAAUGAGCUCUUACUUUGUAAACUCAUUCUGCGGUCGCUAUCCAAAUGGCCCGGACUACCAGUUACAUAAUUAUGGAGAUCAUAGCUCGGUGAGCGAGCAAUACAGGGAUUCUGCAACGAUGCAUUCCAGCAGGUACGGCUACGGCUACAAUGGGAUGGAUCUCAGCAUUAGUCGUCCAGCAUCUAACCACUUUAAUGCCAGUGAAAGGUCUCGAAGCUACUCUACAGCAGCAACAACAGCAGCAGCAGGACCAGAAGCAGGAGCAGACACCAGGUACAACCAACCUGCCACAUCCACUCAGUCUCCUUCACCUGACCCUCUACCCUGUUCCGCCGUGGUCAGUCCGCCUGCUAGCGACAACCACCACGGAAUCAAAAACUCCAUAGCAAGCCCAACUACCUCCUCAAAUUCCAGCAGCAGCAGCAGCAGUCUCAUCAGUAGAGAUGGGGUUGGCACAUCGCCUGGUACUGAAGAUGACACCCCGGCAAGCAGCGACCCUCCAAGUUCACAGAACGGGCAAAGCACAGCACAACAACAGCCUCAGAUUUACCCCUGGAUGCGAAAACUGCACAUAAGUCACGACAGUAUGGGAGGACCAGAAGGUAAAAGAGCCAGGACGGCUUACACCCGAUAUCAGACCCUGGAGCUGGAGAAAGAAUUUCAUUUCAAUAGAUACCUGACCCGGAGACGACGGAUAGAAAUUGCACAUGCUCUUUGCCUCACAGAGAGACAGAUUAAGAUCUGGUUUCAAAACAGAAGGAUGAAAUGGAAAAAAGAUAACAAGUUAAAAAGCAUGAGCAUGGCCGCUGCAGGAGGCGGAUAUCGUCCAUGAUCAAUAGAAGUACUGGGCAGUAGCUGACCAAUUAGCAUAAUGUCAAUACAGUACUGACUUCCAAAACUCCUCUCCCGUGUUACUUCUAUGAAGAAAACCAUUCCCAUGUUGCCCUGCCCCAAUCUUUGAAUCGUUAGUCUGUUUUCUGGUCGUACUGUUGCCUGUACAAGUAAUCUGCUUACAGUAUAUUGUCUAGGAGUAACAACAAUGUUGU